UCCACCUUAUAAAUACCCAAAUUCAUCCACCCAUAUAUUUGUGAACCUUUUCAUACUUUCUCUAUUCUCUUGAAACCAAAUCAUAAUCCUCAAAAAAAAAAAAAAAAAAAAAAAUGGAACCUCAACACGAUUUCAGUGAACUAAUCCCGGGUUUACCCGAUGAAAUCGCACUCGAGUGCUUGACUCGUCUACACUACGACUCUCACUCGGUUGCCUCUGACGUCUGUCGUCGGUGGCGACAACUGUUACAAGACCGAGAAUUCUAUUACCACCGGCAAAAAACCGGGUUCACCCGGAAAUCAGCUUGUUUUGUUCAGUCAGGUCCGGUUCAGUCAGAACCGGGUCGGGCGGAUGCUAAACCGGAAAAACAGCCGAAAUACUCGUUUACAAUGUUUGACCCGGUUCAGGGAAUUUGGGAUAAAAUAGACCCGGUUCCUAAGUACCCGGAUGGGUUACCUUUAUUUUGCCAGGUGGCAAGUUGUGAAGGGAAAUUAAUAGUGAUGGGCGGGUGGGACCCGGCGACUUGGGAACCGUUACGCGAUGUGUUCGUUUACGAGUUCACAACUCGGAAGUGGACUCAGCGGGUUGAUAUGCCGUCGACUCGGUCGUUUUUUGCUUCUAGUGCGUACAAUGGGAAUGUUUAUGUGGCGGGUGGACAUGAUGAGAAUAAGAACGCGCUUAGGAGUGCGUGGGUGUAUGAUAUUUUUGGUGACAAGUGGACCGAGUUGAGUCCGAUGAGUGAGGAGCGAGACGAGUGUGAAGGAGUGGUUGUUGGGUCGGAGUUUUGGGUUGUAAGUGGGUACGAUACGGAUACUCAAGGACGGUUUAAAAACAGCGCGGAUGUUCUUGAUAUGAAAACCGGAAUAUGGCGGCGUGUGGAGGGCACGUGGGGGUCGAGUCGGUGUCCGAGGUCGUGUUUGGCCGUAGGGCAAAAUGGUAAUUUCACUUCUUGGGAUGGGUACGAACCCGCAGUUCAAGUAGGGACAUGUGGGGUUGAUCUUGGGGAUCGGGUUGUUGUAACCGGGUCAGGUUACCAAGGUGGUGCACAAGUGGUUUUUGUCAUGGAAAAAACCGACCAAGGGCAAAAUGGUAAAUUUACAAAAGUCGACUUUCCCUAUGAGUUUUCUGGGUUUGUGCAAUCGGGUUGCCUCGUUGAGAUUUAAUGUUGUAUUUAUUUUUGCGGUUGGCUUUUCUUAUAUAAGAUUAAAGUACUGUCAUGUGUCAGAGCGUGAUUAGGAGUUUAGAAUGCCAUAUGGAACAUAUGAACCAUAUUAUGUACAUAUUGUAAAGUUAUAUGGUGUGAAGGGGCUACUCGAUUAUUAUCUUAGUAGAAAAUGUAUUAAAAAGCGGCUUUUAUUUUAAUGAAGAA